UCGUACCGUAAACUCGUAUUGUUUCUUUAUGCUGCUGAACUGAACCCUCUGCAUUUCUCUGGAUUGCUCUUUUCUCACUAUAGGGUUCCUUCCAAAACACUUUUUCCAAGAUACUCUUGUACUCUAGUCUUGAAACUCUUAAUCCAAACUUCCAACAUUUUUCUUUCUCGCAUCAGGGUUAGGUUUCAUCUUCUGAAUCUGCAGUUUCAAUGGCAGCACCGGCAGUCUCCCAGCCUAGAUCCUCCAAGACCGAGUCUUAUGUUGACAAUAAACGCAAGGAGGAUAUCCGCCACGCUAAUAUAGUUGCCGCCCGAGCUGUAGCCGACGCGGUUCGGACCAGUCUGGGCCCUAAAGGAAUGGACAAGAUGAUUUCGACUGCGAGCGGCGAGGUUAUUAUCACCAACGAUGGUGCUACCAUUCUCAACAAAAUGGAGGUCCUUCAGCCGGCAGCAAAAAUGCUUGUUGAGCUCUCAAAGUCGCAGGACUCUGCCGCUGGUGAUGGUACCACUACCGUCGUAGUUAUUGCUGGUGCGCUGUUGAAACAGUGUCUCUCGCUCCUAUCCAGUGGUAUCCACCCUACGGUAAUUUCUGAUUCUCUUCAUAAAGCUUCUAUUAAAGCUGUUGAUGUAUUAACUGCCAUGGCUGUCCCUGUGGAAUUAUCCGACCGUGAAUCCCUAAUUAAAUCUGCAAGCACUUCGUUAAACAGUAAAGUAGUGAGUCAAUAUUCCACCCUUCUCGCCCCAUUGGCGGUUGAUGCAGUUCUGUCUGUAGUUGAUCCUGCCAAGCCUGAUUUGGUGGACUUGAGGGAUAUUAAGAUAGUAAAGAAGCUAGGUGGUACUGUGGAUGACACAGAGAUGGUUAGAGGUUUGGUGUUUGACAAGAAAGUUAGUCAUGCUGCGGGUGGGCCCACAAGAGUUGAGAAUGCUAAGAUUGCAGUCAUUCAAUUUCAAAUUUCACCUCCAAAAACUGAUAUAGAGCAGAGCAUUGUUGUUUCUGAUUAUACACAAAUGGAUAGGAUUUUGAAGGAAGAGAGAAAUUACAUUUUGGGUAUGAUUAAGAAGAUUAAGGCAACUGGGUGCAAUGUAUUGCUGAUUCAGAAGAGUAUCUUGAGAGAUGCAGUGACAGAUUUGUCUCUGCAUUAUUUGGCAAAAGCUAAGAUUUUGGUAGUUAAGGAUGUGGAGAGAGAUGAGAUUGAGUUCAUCACUAAGACUUUGAAUUGCUUGCCGAUUGCAAAUAUUGAACAUUUCAGAGAAGAGAAGCUAGGCUAUGCUGAUCUUGUUGAGGAGGUCUCACUCGGGGAUGGUGGAAAGAUUGUUAAGGUUACUGGAAUUAAGAAUAUGGGAAGAACCACCACAGUGCUUGUGCGGGGGUCAAAUCAGUUGGUUAUUGAUGAAGCAGAAAGGAGUUUGCAUGAUGCAUUGUGUGUGGUUAGAUGCCUGGUUAAUAAGCGAUUUUUAAUUGCUGGAGGUGGGGCUCCAGAGAUUGAAUUGUCGAGGCAGCUUGGGGCAUGGGCGAAAGUGCUACAUGGUAUGGAAGGGUACUGUGCAAGGUCUUUUGCUGAGGCACUUGAGGUCAUACCAUACACUUUGGCUGAAAAUGCUGGGCUCAAUCCAAUUGCUAUUGUUACUGAGCUGAGGAAUAGGCAUGCUCAAGGGGAGAUCAAUGCUGGCAUCAAUGUCAGGAAGGGACAGAUUACAAAUAUCUUGGAGGAGAAUGUGGUGCAGCCACUGCUUGUGAGCACAAGUGCAAUUACUUUGGCAACUGAGUGCGUGCGAAUGAUUUUGAAGAUUGAUGACAUUGUUACUGUCAGGUAGUUCCAGAUUGGAAUUGGAGAUUAUAACUUUUUGUCUGGCUAUGGUUUCUUUUUUGUCUGUUUUGGCUGGAAUUAAUGAUUUCUGCUUAGUUUUGUCAUACAGUUAAAGGAUUUUAGUCUUUAGUGCAUGUUCUAUUAAAUGCUUGGUUUGUAUUGUAUUUUUGUGCUAUUUUUGUUUGGAGAUUUUCCAAAUUUAUCUUGCUCCUUUUGAAAUGAUGA